UUUAUUUGGAGCUGGACAGUUUUUAUUUAGAUUUUGGUGCAUUAUUUGAUUUCGGUUCUUGUACUGGCGAGCUAAAGCUCUCUUGGGCACACUGACAUGGCGGACAAGUAUGAUCUUUUGCUGCUUCUCGAGCGGCCAUAUGAGCCUGUUUUCAUGGAAAGAGGGAGAAAGACAAUAUUUGAUGUGCCAGAGAAGUUCCUUACCGAACGUUAUCGAAUGGUUGGCAAUGAACUGCUGGAGCGCUUUGGCCAAGAAGCGGGCAGGCGAAUAAGUGUGACAGAUAUAACUCUACCUGAUCUUCACAUACCAAUGCAGCUGCCACGUAAAGCUCAAUUCACACUUUGUAUACCAGCGCAUCGUUUCAUGGCGAGACGUCUGAUUGAUAUAUUCAUGGCCGUGAAUACAAUCGAUGAGUUGCAGAGUGUCGCUGCAUACGCGCACGACCGUGUCAAUCCCUAUCUUUUCAAUUAUGCGCUUUCUGUGGCAGUCUUACACCGUGAGGAUACCAAGGGCGUCGGACUGCUGUCCUUUGUGCAGAGUUUUCCCAACAAGUUUAUUGAUCGCCAAGUGUUUCGACACUUGCGUGAGGAAUGUACUAUCGUGCCCGAAGGUUCACGCAUGCCGAUUGUGAUUCCACGCGACUAUACCGCCUCAGAACUAGAGCCAGAACAUCGUUUGUGGUACUUUCGUGAAGAUUUUGGUGUGAAUCUGUAUCAUUGGCAAAGAUAUCUGGUGUAUCCGUUAGAAGCGACUGAACGCCGAGUUGUGUUCAAGGAACGUCGAGGAGAACUUUUCUAUUAUAUGUACGAGCAAAUCUUGGCGCGAUACAAUGUCGAGCGCUUCUGCAAUAAAUUGCCACGUGUAGAGCCUUUGAACAAUUUACGGGAAUUUAUUAAGGAGGGUUACUUCCCCAAAAUGGAAUGGCCUCCGCGCUUCGAUAACACCAAACUAUCCGAUGUGAAGCGCUAUCAAGAUCAAUUAAUUUUGGAUAUUGGAUGCUUGCAGAGGUGGAUGGAUCUAAUUUAUAAAGCCAUUUCCGAAGGUUCCGUCAUAGAUGAAAGUGUCAACCGCAUUCCGCUUGAUAUUGAGGUACUUGGUAACAUAAUUGAGUCUUCAGAAGCGUCACCGCACCGCAAUCUAUAUGGAGAGCUACACAAUAUGGGUAAUCUAUUCAUCGCCUAUGCCCACGAUCCCGAACAUCGUCAUUUGGAAACGUUCGGUGUCAUUGGCGACCUUUCCACGGCAAUGCGUGAUCCUGCUUUUUAUCGUUGGCACGCAAACCUCCAAAAUAUUUUCCAAGCUUAUAAAACUCGUCUGCCACCAUAUACGACUAAGGAGCUUCACUACGAAGGCGUCUCUCUAACAGGUGUGGAAGUUGCUGUUGAAGACAGUAAAACACCUAAUGUUCUAAAAACCCAUUGGCAAGUAUCUGAUAUUGAUCUGUCGCCCGGUUUGGACUUUGCCCCACGCGGCAACAUCUUCGCGCGUUUCACUCACCUCCAACAUACUCCAUUUACCUACACAAUCAAUGUGAACAAUGAGAGCGAGACUCAGCGUUUUGGUUUGGUGCGCAUUUUUCUUGGGCCCAAAGCAGAUGAGCGAGGCCAGGACAUAGAUUUAAAAGAACAACGUUUGCUAAUGAUCGAAUUGGACAAAUUUGCUGUCUCCUUACAGCCCGGUGAAAAUGUCAUCCGCCGGCGGUCAAACGAAUCAAGUCUUACUCUUCCCAUUGAACAGACUUUCCGUGAGCGGGAUACAAAACCGGAUAGUACUCAGAAAUCGGAGUAUAAUGUUUGUGCUUGCGGUUGGCCACAUCACAUGCUGAUACCCAAAGGUCUACCAGACGGUUUGCGCUGUGAACUUUUUGUCAUAAUUUCCAACUACGACAAAGACGGCGAUUGCAAUGACAGCGCCGCUCACUGUAACUUACGCGAGCAAUUAUUUCCGGAUAAUCGUGCUUUGGGUUUUCCGUUCGACCGGUUGACCAGACUGGGUGUUGAGCAUCUACGCGACUUUCUCACCCCAAAUAUGAGUCUUAUUGAAGUUAUUGUACAGCAUGAAGACCGGACAGAUCACUGUUGUUAG